GUUGAAACUUGACUCUUUUAAGUUUCGUAUUCCUAGUUAAAAUAGGAUUCUCUUAAUUAAGUUUAUAUAAAUUGCUCCCAAUCACUUACGUCCUCCCCAAGAAAUCAAGUUUCAAAAGAGGCAACAACCUCUGCAACUCCAACGAAACAAUACAUUUGAAAAUUUGUUAGAUAUGGCUAAAGAACCAAAGAAACUGGAACCAAUAAAGCAUGAAAAAGCUCGUUUGGCAACCUUCAGGAAGAGAAAGAAUAGUUUGUUGAAGAAGGCUUGGGAGUUCAAAACUCUUUGUGAUGUGGACGCAUGUAUGAUCAUCUAUGGUCCAAAACAUAAAGAUCAGCCUGGGAAGCCUGAGACCUGGGCCUCAGAGGAAGGUAAGCUAACUAGUAUUAUCAACAGGUACAAGGGUACACACAAAACUGAUCAACGACAAAGAACGGCGCUUUCUUUGCCUAAUUUAAAUGAUGAUAGGGCUGUGCGAGUUCCCAAGAAUAGUCGCAGACUGGAGUGUGCUACAUGGGAUCAACGUUUUGACAGUUUUUCAGAGGAUCAAAUGAAGAAAGCUCUUUGUAGACUAAACACUAAGCUAGCCUUGACAGCGAAAAAGAUUUACACAAUGAAAGGAGGUCCUAAAGCGAUGGGAAAGUCCACAUCAGAAACAUCCGAGGAGUCUCAGAUUAGCCACAACCAUGUUCAUCAGAAUGUAGAUAGCCCUCGACAACGUAAAGGGAAGAAGUCAAUUGACAUUCAGCGGCCGAUCAGCUUCCAGCCUAACAAUCAGGUUUAUCAAAUGCCCCCACUAUCUUUAAUGGGUACUCCAAUAUGGAUGAGGCCAAAUGCAAAUAAUCCGUAUCCAUCUGGGGGUGCAUCUAGUAGCACAACUCCAUACAGUCCACAGCAGUCUAUUGGUGCAUCCAGUAGCACCAUUCCAUUCACUCCACUACAACCAUCAGUUCAGUGGAAUCCCGCCUCGUCACAGCAUCCCCUGCAGGGACCAGUUCAGUGGUGGUAUCUCCCAUUGUCACAUACUCCCCUGCGAGGACCAGUUCCGUGGAAUCUCCCAUCGUCACAGCCUAACCAGUUUCUGGUGACGUCCUCAGGUGCUCCUUCUAAGGAGAAUGCUGCUCAACUGAAGAAGUCAAGUGUUAAUCUGAAACUUCAACCUCCUGGGCAGCAGCAAGAAUGAAAGGCCUUAGAUGAGGAUAUUUUUUCUAAGAACUUGUAAGCUUAGUUAGGCUCCUUGAUAACGUUUAGGUUUUAGUUUUUUUACAAAUUGAAGAUUUUCGACUAAUUUUGGUGGAGAUUUGUAAUGAUCAUUUUAGAAUUUAGGGGAGAUAUGUGAUGAAGUUAGACUUAGGCCUCCUCCCCUUCCUUGAUUACGAAUUGGAUCCAAUACUUAUUUAUUUAUUUUUUAUAAAUACAUACAAGGUUUGAAAAA